GCCCAGGGCAGUCGAUAUGCGAUUGCCACCAAUUUUUUUUUUUCGACCGCAGGGCGCGUCCAACGACUGUUUGUGGCUGGCGCUACAGCUUAUUUUGAUCAAACAAAAACAAACAACAACGCGUCUCUGGAUUGGAAGGGCUCUGAGCUGAAACGGCUGGUUGAUUGGGCGUUUACAAAUAACUACAGCAUCUGCCUGUCUCGCCUUCUUCAGCAUUUUAUCACCCUACGAACUCCUGUGUGUUCACCUCCAGUUCGCGUAUCAGGGAACAGCUCAUUAUGGACUCGACAGACUUCUUGAAUUCAGAGAACGACAUCGCCGGCAGGAUGGAGGCCGCUACCUUGGCCGACACUCCCAGACCCAUGGCAGAUGCUGCGACACCACGAUACACACCAUUCGAGCCCGUACGACAGGUUGCCAAGGCCAAGGACGAGACCGCAGAGAAGAUUCGCAUGGACUUUGAGGAGUUUAUCGAAAGGUUCGACCCGAGCACCAUGCAGGAUCAGGAUUUGGGAAGAUCGUCUCAGGCGGUUAGCACCCCUUACUUACAGCAACUCAAGAUGUUGAGCAAUUACGAUGGUCAUACGCUCUUUAUCGACUACCAUGAUCUGGACAUGUAUGACCAUGUCUUGGCUGGUGCUAUUGAGGAUCAGUAUUACCGUUUCCAGCCCUACUUGAGACGCGCCAUCCAGAACCUGACAUGGAAGCACAACCCCGCCUAUUCUUACAUCAAUACCACCAUGGGAGAAAAUGCCACUGUCCGUCCUUCAGGAUCGAUGUCUCGAGAGUUCUCUGUCGCCUUCUACAACGUGCCUGCAUACGAAGGAAUCCGUGAUCUGAGAAUGAGCAGGCUUGGAAAGCUGAUGAGCAUCUCAGGAACGGUUACGAGAACAAGUGAGGUCAGACCCGAGUUACUGUACGGAACGUUCACCUGCAAGGACUGCGGCGGUGUGAUGCAUAAUGUUGAGCAACAGUUUAAGUAUACUGAGCCUUUGAUGUGCCAGAGUCCAACAUGCGGCAACCGUACAAACUGGGACUUAAACAUUGAGCAAUCAAAGUUCAUUGACUGGCAACGUGUUCGUAUUCAGGAGAACCCUAAUGAAAUCCCUACUGGCAGCAUGCCAAGAACCAUGGAUGUAAUCCUGAGAGGAGAGGUGGUUGAGAAAGCCAAAGCUGGUGACAAGGCUCGCUUCACUGGAAUGCUUAUCGUCGUACCUGAUGUGAGCCAGCUUCGAGGCGCUGGCACGAGUGUUCAGACUGAGCGCGAGACACAGGACCGCAAUCGCGGAAGGGACGGCUUCACAAACCAGGGAAUUACAGGACUGAAGGCAUUGGGUGUUGGCGAUCUGACAUAUAAGUUGGCCUUCUUGGGUGGAAUGGUCCAGGCUACCGAUUCUAAGGGUGAUAUCUCGAUAGAUCGCGACCCUGAGAAUCAGGAUGAAGAACGCCAAAAAUUCUUGGACUCUUUGCAACAGCAGGAAAUUGACGAGCUGCGAGACAUGGUUAACUUGGAGGGUCAGAUUUACAACAAGUUGGCACUCAGUAUCGCACCUGCUGUUUUCGGUCACCACACAGUGAAGCAGGGACUACUGUUGCAGAUGAUGGGUGGUGUGCACAAGACCACACCGGAGGGUAUCAAUCUUCGUGGAGAUAUUAAUGUCUGCAUCGUCGGCGACCCCUCUACAAGCAAGAGUCAGUUCCUCAAGUACGUCUGCGGGUUCCUCCCAAGAACAGUGUAUACUUCUGGAAAGGCAUCCUCGGCUGCUGGUCUUACGGCUUCUGUUGUCAAGGAUGAGGAGACAGGAGAGUUUACGAUCGAGGCUGGUGCACUCAUGUUGGCGGAUAACGGUAUCUGCGCUAUCGACGAAUUCGACAAGAUGGACUUGAAGGAUCAGGUUGCUAUUCAUGAGGCCAUGGAACAGCAGACAAUCUCCAUUGCAAAGGCCGGUAUUCAGGCCACUUUAAACGCUAGAACCUCUAUUCUCGCUGCUGCCAACCCGGUGAAUGGCAGAUACAACAAGAAGCUGACACUUAGACAAAACGUCGCCAUGUCGCCUCCUAUUAUGUCCCGUUUCGAUCUCUUCUUCGUUGUUCUGGACGAGUGCGAUGAGACUACGGAUUAUCAGAUUGCUCGGCACAUUGUCAACGUUCACAGAUUCCGGGAUGAAGCCCUUCAGCCUCAAUAUAGCACAGAGCAGGUUCAGCGCUAUAUCCAGUACGCAAGAACUUUUAAACCUAAAUUAUCGCCAGAAGCCAUGCGCUUGUUGUCUGAAAAGUACCGUGAUUUGAGACAGAUGGACUCACAAGGCAGUGGCAAGAGUUCUUACAGAAUUACUGUACGCCAACUCGAGAGUAUGAUUCGUCUCUCGGAAGCGCUGGCUCGUGUCCAUUGCACAGAUAUUGUAAGUGCAGCCAGCCGAAAGACGCUUAUUCAGCUCUGAAUGCUAAUGUUAGAGUUGACUGAUUUAUAUCAUAUCCAUCUCGUCAACAGAUCACAGAAGACUUUGUGAAAGA